CCCCGAGGGUGGGCAGGACCGGUCGGGGGUUUGGAGGAGCCCCUCAUCCUCCUCGAACAGGAGAUUGGGUCGGAAGGGUGCCAAGGAAAGGCCCCCGAGGGUGGGCAGGACCGGUCGGGGGUUUUGAGGAGCCCCUCGCCCUCCUAGAGCAGGAGAUUGGGUCGGGAGGGGGUCAAGGAAAGGCCCCCGAGGGUGGGCAGGACCAGGCAGGACCGGUCGGGGGUUUUGAGGAGCCCCUUGCCCUCCUAGAGCAAGAGAUUGGGUCGGGAGGGGGCCAAGGAAAGGCCCCAGGGGUGGGCAGGACCAGACGGGACCCGUCGGGGGUUUCCACGUGCCGGGCGUCGAGGCCUGGCAGGAUGUGACCGGGCCCGCCCCGGGGUGGGGGGGCUAAUGCCCCUUGCCCCCAGGUCGGGCCCCGAGCCCCGCUGAGCCAGCCGCCCUGGUGGAUGGGCCCGGGGGCCUGGGGGCGAUGGGGGCGCGGAAGGCGGCCGCCCUGUCCCCGGCGGGCGCGCUGGGCCUGCGGCGGCCCCACCGGCUGGCGCUGCUGCUGCUGGGCCUGUCGGGGUUGGCCACCCUGGCCUUCGGGGCCCUGUUCCUCCUGCCCGAGUCCGCACGCCUCAAGAGACUCUUCCUCCCGCCCAAGCCCGCCGAGCGCCCCGACCUCCCCCCGGCCCCCGCGGCCCCGGGCCCCCGGGACCCCGCCAGGAGGGCCCGCCGCCCCGGAGGAGGAGCAGGAGCGGGGCGACCCCGGCCCGACCGCCACCCCACCGACGGCCCCAGCCCCCGGGCCCGGCUCCGGCCCCGGGCCCGGCCCUCGCCGCCCCCCUUCAGCUUCGACUUCGCCCGCUUCCGGAGCCGCCUCCGACACCGCGUGCUCGGCUCCGGCCGACACCCCGACAGCGAGGACAACCGCCACCGCAGGCUCAAAGUCAGAGAGAUGAUGAAGUUCGCCUGGGACAGCUACAAGCAGUACGCCCUGGGCAAGAAUGAACUGCGCCCGCUGACCAAAAACGGACACGUGGGGAACAUGUUCGGAGGCCUGCGAGGGGCGACGGUCAUCGACGCGCUGGACACCCUCUACAUCAUGGAGCUGGAGGACGAAUUCCAGGAGGCCAAAAGCUGGGUGGAAAACAGCUUCAACGUGAACGUGAAUGGCGAGGCCUCCUUGUUCGAAGUGAACAUCCGCUACGUCGGAGGGCUCCUGUCAGCGUAUUACUUGACCGGCCAAGAGAUAUUCCGAACAAAAGCAAUUGAACUGGGAGAGAAACUCUUGCCGGCCUUCAACACCCCAACUGGAAUCCCGCGAGGAGUGAUCAACCUGGGAAGCGGCCUGAGCUGGAGCUGGGGCUGGGCAUCCGCGGGAAGCAGCAUCCUGGCCGAAUUCGGGUCUCUACACUUGGAGUUCAUCCAUCUCACCGAACUGUCCGGCAACCCCCUCUUCACCGAGAAGGUGAAGACGAUCCGCCAGGUCCUGAACAGGAUCGAGAAACCUCACGGCCUGUAUCCGAACUUCCUGAGCCCCGCAACUGGGAGCUGGGUGCAGCACCACGUCUCGAUCGGCGGGCUCGGGGACAGCUUCUACGAAUAUCUGAUCAAGUCCUGGCUGGCGUCGGACAAGACGGAUACCGAGGCCAAGAAAAUGUAUGACGACGCGCUGGAGGCCAUAGAGGCCCAUCUGGUGAAGAAGUCUGCAGGGGGGCUGACCUACAUCGCCGAGUGGCGGGGGGGCAUUCUGGAUCACAAGAUGGGGCACCUGGCCUGCUUCUCCGGGGGCAUGAUCGCCCUCGGGGCCGAAGGCGCCACCGGCCCCAAGAGGAAACACUACAUGGAACUGGCCGCCGAGAUCACGCGCACCUGCCGCGAGUCGUACGCCCGCUCAGACACCAAGCUGGGGCCGGAGGCUUUCCGCUUCGACUCGGGCAGCGAAGCCAUGGCGACCAGGCUGAGCGAGCGCUACUACAUCCUGCGUCCGGAAGUGGUGGAAAGCUACAUGUACAUGUGGCGCAUCACCCACGACCCCAAGUACCGGCAGUGGGGCUGGGAGGUGGUCCUGGCGUUGGAGAAGUAUUGCCGAGUGGGAGCCGGUUUCUCCGGGAUCCGGGACGUCUACACCACGACCCCCAACCACGACAACAUGCAACAGAGUUUCUUCCUGGCCGAGACGCUCAAGUAUCUGUAUCUCCUGUUCUCGGAAGACCACCUGCUCUCCCUGGAAGACUGGGUGUUCAACACGGAAGCCCACCCCCUCCCCGUGAACCACACGAACUUUCGCGACCAAGCCAGCACGGCCCACUGACCGCGGGCCGGGUGUCCACUGCCGGGCCCGGCCGGGUGGUUCCGGCCCCCGUGGGUGGGGUCCGGCCCGUUCCCAGAAUGGUAUUCGG